CAGCCUAAGCGCGCAUCCCCAACCGCCCUCAGCCGCGCGCCGCCUCUCACCUAACCCUCUCUCUCCCUUUCUCUCUCCAUCUCUCUUCAUCCACCUCCGGCGUCGUAGCCACUCCCCCAACUAACCAUGCAUCUCAACCUCCCGACCCCGCUCCUCCUCGUCCUGCUGUCCGCGUGGAGCAGCAGCGUGCCCGUGUCGGCGCUGCCCUUCGCCGCCGCGCCACCGCGCGCCCUCGCGCCGCGCGCCACGUACUCGGUGGUCCCGAUCGACGGGAGCGGGGGCGACUCGGACGCGGGGCGGACGGCGACCGUCGUCGUGACCGCGACCGCGACCGCGACCGCGGCGCCGAGCACGAGGACCGUCGUGCACCCGCCCGUCACCGACACCGUGGUCGUCACCGCGGGCCCGGCCACGCGCACCGUCGCGACGACCCGCGUCGUGACCACCACCGUGACCGGGGACGGCGACGAGCCCACCUCGACCGUGGCGUAUCCGACGUCGACGUCGAGCACCCGCGCGCCCUCCACGCCCGCGCAGACCGCCGCCCCACCGACGACGACGACGGCGACCACCACCACCACCACCACACCCGCGCCCCCGCCGACCUCGGCCGCGAACGUGACCACCUCCGACGGCGGCUCCUGGCACACGUCGUACCCGGCGUGGAACGGCACGGCGGCGGCGGCGGCGGCGCGGCGCUUCGCGCGGGGGCCCUGAGGCGCGCGUGCCGCCUGUCUCGGCGACGCGGGAGCGAAUUUGUACGACUACACUCGGGGCCGACCGGACGCCCCGCGGCGCAAACUGCCGCGCGGGGGAAGCAGGAGCUACGCGAUUGGACACGAUACGAUGCGAUACGAGAGG